AUGCCUUCCCACCAAGAAGACGACCUCCAGUCAAUAGGCCCCGCGCCCUCCUACACCUCCCGCACAUCCACCCUCCGCCGCCGUCUCAAGAACCCCUUUCACCGCUCCUCCUCCUACCCAAAACCCCCCGGCCGCGGCGUCUCCCACCACGUCCACCGCGUCACCACAACCCUCGGCCACCCCAUCAACCGCGCCGCCCACCUCCUCGGCGCCGAGGGCUUCAUGCCCUCCACCAUGCCCAAUGAGUGCGCCAAAGCCGCCCGCAUCCUCCACGCCUUCACCGACGACCCCUCCCCGCCCCCCUCCGCCCGCGGCGGCCAGCCCCUCCACCCCCUCGGCCUCUCCACAAAGUCCCUCGUCUCCAUCCCCCCCAAGAUCCUCGCCUCCUGCGCCGGCCUCGCCAUCUUNCUCCACGCCUUCACCGACGCCCCCUCCCCGCCCCCCUCCGCCCGCGGCGGCCAGCCCCUCCACCCCCUCGGCCUCUCCACAAAGUCCCUCGUCUCCAUCCCCCCCAAGAUCCUCGCCUCCUGCGCCGGCCUCGCCAUCUUCAACACCCUCCGCGCCGGCGCCUACAUGGGCUCCCUCUCCGCCGGCUCCGGCCUCGUCGUCGCCCGCCGCCCCGACGGCUCCUGGUCCCCGCCCUCCUCCUUCGUCAUCUCCACCCUCGGCGCGGGUUUCAUGAUCGGCCUCGACAUCUACGACUGCGUCCUCGUCCUCUCCACCGCAGCCCAAGUCGCCGCCUUCACCCACCCGCGCGUCUCCCUCGGCGCAGAGUCCUCCGUCGCCAUCGGGCCCCUCGGCACCGGCGGCGCCGUCGAGGCCGCCCUCUCCAAGACCUCCCGGCCCAUGUUCUCCUACAUCAAGUCCCGCGGCUUCUGGGCCGGCGUCCAGGUCGAGGGGACCAUCAUCCUCGCGCGGCAGGACUGCAACGCCGUCGCCUACCAGGACCGCCGCACCUCCGCCAAGAAGAUCCUCGCCUGCCAGGUCGAGUGGCCCGAGGGCUCGCAGCCGCUGUGGCACGCGCUCAUGGCCAUGGACGGGUACUACUCCGCCGUGAUGGACGCGGACAUUGCGCGCGAGGUGGCGCUGCUGGGCCCGCCGGGUGACGGGGAGGUGCCGCAGGGGUACGCGAGCCCGCCGCCCGACGUGGAGGACGACACGCCCGCGCCGGCGUACACGCCGUCCGUGGCGUCGGCGUGGCGGUACGGGAGCGAGGAGGGCGUGACGGAGGCGCCGCUGCCGCCGCUGCCACAGCUGCCGCCGCCGCCACCGCCGCCGCCGCCGGUGCCGGUGCCGGUGUACGACAAAGACAGGUUGCGGCGGCUGGUGCAAUGA